GUUUGAGUGUCGACGGAGGAAAGGGGCGACUCCGAUUAACUCCGAUGGAGACGAAGCUUUCGCAGUUCAUCUUCUAAUUUCUAGUUCCGGAGCAAUGGAGACGAUGCUUUCGCAGUUCAUCUUCUGAUUUCUGGUUCCGGAGCAGACUUCGAGCCACCGAUAAGUCUUCACAGGAAGAUAAAUUCUAGUUCUUUUGGGUUUGUAGAGAUAUGGACAGAAUCAGUGAGUUAUCAGAUGAGUUGCUGGUUAGGAUAUUAUCGUUUCUUCCAACAAAAGUUGCAGUCUCCACUAGCAUUUUGUCGAAACGAUGGGAGUGUCUUUGGAUGUGGUUGCCAAAACUUGAUUUCGUUAGCAGCCAUUGCACAAGGUCUGAGUGCGAGAGUUUACGGUGUCUUCUUGACAGAAGUCUGCCAUUGUAUAGAGCUUCGGUCAUGGAAAGCUUCCGUCUCGAUUUAUCUUUCUCACGGUAUAAACCUGAAGAUGUCAAACUGUGGGUUGUAAUUGCAGUUUCUCGCUGCCUACGCGAGCUUGACAUUGUUUAUGAUUCUUACUUGGACAAGCAAUGCAUAUUGCCGAGUAGUUUGUAUGCUUGCAAAUCGCUUGUGGUCUUGAAACUCGAAGGCGAUAUUCUCUUGGAUGUUCCUCGUAGGGUUUGUCUUCCUUCUCUGAAAACUUUGCAGCUUCGAAAUGGGACUGGCUUAGAUGGAGAAUCUCUUAAGCGGCUUCUAUCUAUUUGCCCUGUUCUUGAGAAUCUAUCGGUGGAUUUUUGUCAUCGUGACGACAAUGUGGGAAAGAUCAUUGUCAUUGUCAUGUCUUUGCAGAGUUUAUCGCUCUCUAUACCUCGUGAAUGUUAUCUAGAUGGGUUAGAGAUAGAUACUCCCUCUUUGAAGUAUUUGAAACUUGAGGAUCUGAAUGAUGAGAAUGAAUCUUGUGUGAUUGAGGAUAUGCCUAAGCUGGAAGAAGCAUAUAUACAUGUUAGAUUCCCUGACAUCAAGAGUAUCAUCGGAUCAAUCACAUCUGUCAAGCGUCUUACUUUAUGUUCACAGGUUCUGUAUGGUAACGGUUUUGUCUUCAACCAGCUUGAGUAUUUGAAGCUCUGUGUUUGCACAAGGUGUUCGUCUAAUCUGCUUGCUCGGUUGCUCAAAGAUUCUCCUAACUUGCGAGUUCUUAACAUCUUUCAAAUAUUAGGUCGUGCUAGUAAAAUGGUUAGCUGGAAUCGACCGAGUACUGUUCCUGCAUGUUUUUGGUCGACUAUACAAACUUUCAUCUGGUCAGGAUACAUGGGAAGACCACAAGAGAAAGAUGUUGCGGUUUACGUCUUGGAAAACGCUCAUCGCCUAUAUACUGCAAGAAUCUCGUCUGAUGAAAAAUUUAUUCCAAAAUUUGAAAUGCUCAAGGAGUUGUCUGUUUGUUCACGAGCCUCAACGACAUGCCGACUCUUUUUUGAUUAAGUGUUGUAAUUUGUUAGAUGUUUUUAUAUAAUAGGAUUCGAACUUCCAUCUGUAUCUGUUUGUUGUUGAAGUAAUUGCACAUUC